UGUGUCUUCCCCAGAGAUUUAGACAUAAUCUAUCAAUUGAAAUGUCGAUCUUUUUUUCAAAGUUGAAAUUACGCCCGUAAAAUGAAAAUCUAUUUAGCUUAUUUUUCGGUCUGCUACUGGGCACCCUUAAGUUGUAAAUGAAAAGGCAUUUGCCCUAGAAUCCACUAUCCACUUAUCUCUGUCGUAAUUUACAGUUUUUAAAAUUCUGGGAAUUCUGGAAUUUAGAGACUGUUGAGACGAAAAACAAGAAUCGGUAAUAUGUGUACUUCGAAAAAACCGUGAAUGGAUAGAAUAAUACAUAUAUUAUUGAUUAUUAAUAAGUAAAUUGGAGACAAGAUUUACGUAACGAUUCUAUUUUAGUAUGAUAAGACCCCUUCUACUACCUUGCAGGAAACAGGUUUUCAAAUGUUGCUCUAUUUUUCUGGUGUUUUCGUACUAAUAUAAGCACAGAAAAAUUUAAAUUUCAUUAACUCCCAGCUUGUGCAGAAAUGAAGAGCUUACUCCUCGGUGUGGUAACUUUGACGACUUUGUGCAACUGUCUGCAAUUUCUUGAAGCUUCUAGUUUCAAAAAAUGUGACAAGAGACGAAGCGAUUUCAACCAGUGUUUAAGUGAUGCUAUUUACACUAAUCUUAAACUACUCGACAAACCUCAGAAGUCAUUUGGUUUACCAAGUUUGUAUGAUCUUGAAUUUCCACCGGAUGUUGUUACUGAAAUAGGAAAUCGUACGUAUGGAUUAUUACAAAAGUUUUCUAAAUUCAGGUUUAUUGGUCUCACUAGACCAGAGAGUGUAACAGCCAGUUUAGAUUUUGACCCUGUAGUUAGUACCUUAACAAUAGCAGCUUCUUACCCUCAACUGACCGUACAAAUAGAAUACGAAGCUCAAGGUACUAUUGUUCUUCUGCCUUUGAACGUUGUAACAUCUGUCGAUUUUAUAUUGAAUAAUCCAACAUUCGUUUUUACAUUCAAAUUGGAAGAAUACGACAGAGGUGCUACGUACUAUAGAGUAAUCAAGUCGGAGUUUGAUGCCCAACCACAGGACUUCAAAUUUCAUUUUAAGCAGUUAUUCGCAAAUAAACGGCUUAAUGAGGAAUUUAAUUCUGCGCUGAAUGAAAAGGGACUACAAACUUUCCACAUUCAUAAGCACCUACAAGUGGUAUUUGCACCACAUUUUGGUUCUAUCGUUAAUAGUUUCCUGGAGAAAGUGCCAGCUGCUGAGCUUUUUGUUGUAUAGACGGGACGGAUUAGUUAACAAUAAAGAGUUUGGGCUUGGA